GUACGAGCCCCCGCGAUAUACUUUCACUAUCGUCGACGAACCGAUCGCACUCGUCGGCCAUAACGUCGCACCGUAGCACGUCGCCGUCUUCCGUUCUUAUAAUAUAAUAAUAUAAUAAAGUUAUUAUUCGCCAUCGUAUCGCCCACCUGUAGGUCUACAUCGCCGGCACCGAGGACGCGUCCGCUCACACACAGGAUAGGGAAGAAAGCCAAAAGGAGAUUCUAAAAAACAGAUUCUUCGCCGGUCUUUUACUAAAAGCCAUACCAUACCUGUUGAUAUUCACUUAGCCAGCGUUACCGGGUUCUUUCAGUGUUUUCCGUUUUUUUUUUUUUAUAAAUCAAUUAAUCGUUGUUCUUUCUGUUCAUCCGUUCGCGAUGUAUCGGCCGGCGCAUCCAUCCAUACGCGCGGGACGAUUGGUCUAGACACGUCCGAUUUUUAAAUACCAUAGUCGCAUUGAGCGCAUACUGCGGCGCUGUUGGCCAGACACAGUGCACAACACGAUCUACUGCUAUAAAAAAUAGCAUAAAUCCAUUGUCAAGCCCUAGCGCACCUGCAAUUAGGAGGAUGGUGACGCCAUCGUUCACAGCCGCCGCCGAUCGUCCGGUGUCGCUGGCACUCCGGGCGUCCCUGUUGAUGACGGUAAUCGCCACCUUUUCCCGACCCGCCGAAGCCGUCCUCUCCGUAAACGCCACACCUGAAUACAUUCAUUCGUGUCGCAAGUCGGAUGUUCAAUUCAAUAGUUGUAUAAAAGAAACAUUCAACCAUCUUCGGCCUUACCUCAUUGAUGGUAUCGAAGAGCUUACCGUGCCUCCGAUCGAACCAUUGGUUAUACCAAAAAUGCAAAUGGAAAACGGUCAUGGUGCGGUCAGAGUGAGGGCCAUACUCAGUAACAUGACGAUACACGGCGCGAGCAAUUAUACAGUUUUAAAUGUCAGGAGUGAUAUGAAUAAAUACCGCAUAGACUUAGGACUUUUCAUACCACACAUCGAAGCCACUGGAAACUACGAUGUCAAUGGAAACGUGUUACUAUUACCUGUUAGAAGUAGAGGAGAAUUUUGGGCAUCCUUCGGAAACGUAACGGCCUUAGCAAAAUUAUAUGGAGUGGAAGUGAAUAAAGAAGGAGUGAAAUUCAUGAAAACUGAAAGAUUGGGCAUUGGUUUCAAACUGGAGAAAUCAGAUUUUAAGAUCAAAGAUUCCAUAAACAUGCAAAACGUCAUAGGCGAAGCAAUGAACGUAUUCUUGAAUGAAAAUUCCGCAGAGAUCAUUGAAGAAAUGAAACCCGCCGCUUCGCAAGCCAUUGGCAAACAUUUCAAAAAUUUCUUGAACAACGCGUUCUUACAAAUUCCACUAAAAGUGUGGCUGAAAGACUCCGAAUAAUUUACUAUAAGUUUUCAUGUCUAUCAUUUGUUUUGUAAUUUCCUUUACCUUUCCAAUACUAUAGUGAGUAGUUAUAUUUUUAAGUAUCAUAUUAUAUACAUAAUAUUAUUCUCAUAAUAUAUGUAGUUUUAUAUUCUUAUAUUUAUUUAAGUUACCACACU